CAUUCCUCUCUCUAAACACGUUCCUCCAUCCCACUGCCAACUUUUGUGGGAUCCCAACUCUUGCUCAGUUACCCAAUUCCUCACUCGGCUCAGUUUGAGUCCACAAACACCUCCUUGACACAGCUCCUUGUUAAUCUGCCCAUCACCUAACUGGGCCCUCCUUUUCUCCUCCCACUGUCUUCCUCUAGACUCCCCUCUUCCUUGACCACCCUGGAUCCCCACCUCUAGGUUCUGCUCCUUGUCUUGCCGGGCCACUGUCUCCCACCAUGUUGCCCUGAGCCUCCAAAUCGGGGGCUCAGGGGGCCCCAUGGCCUCCUGCCCCCAGUCGACCCCACGCCCCUGUGGGCUUGGGGAAGAUCCCACACCUCCGCAGCGCUGAGCAUGGGCAACCGCACGUGGGAGGGCUGCCACGUGGAUUCCCGAGUGGACCACCUCUUCCCGCCGUCCCUGUACAUCUUCGUCAUCGGAGUGGGGCUGCCCACCAACUGCCUGGCCCUGUGGGCCGCCUACCGCCAGGUGCGCCAGCGCAACGAGCUGGGCGUGUACCUGAUGAACCUGAGCAUCGCCGACCUGCUCUACAUCGGCACGCUGCCGCUGUGGGUCGACUACUUCCUGCACCACGACAACUGGAUCCACGGGCCCGGCUCCUGCAAGCUCUUCGGUUUCAUCUUCUACACCAACAUCUACAUCAGCAUCGCCUUCCUCUGCUGCAUCUCCGUCGACCGCUACCUGGCCGUGGCACACCCGCUGCGCUUCGCCCGCCUGCGCCGUGUGAAGACGGCCGUGGCCGUGAGCUCCGUGGUCUGGGCCACCGAGCUGGGCGCCAACUCGGCGCCGCUCUUCCACGACGAGCUCUUUCGGGACCGCUACAACCACACCUUCUGCUUCGAGAAGUUCCCCAUGGAGGGCUGGGUGGCCUGGAUGAACCUCUACCGGGUCUUCGUGGGCUUCCUCUUCCCCUGGGCGCUGAUGCUGCUCUGCUACCGCGGCAUUGUGCGCGCCGUGCGCCGUAGCGUGUCCACCGAGCGCCAGGAGAAGGCCAAGAUCAAGCGGCUGGCGCUGAGCCUGCUGGCCAUUGUGCUGGUCUGUUUCGCGCCCUACCACGUGCUCCUGCUGUCCCGCAGCGCCGUCUACCUGGGCCGCCCGGGCCACUGCGGCUUCGAGGAGCGCGUCUUCUCCGCCUACCACAGCUCGCUGGCCUUCACCAGCCUCAACUGCGUGGCCGACCCCAUCCUCUACUGCCUGGUCAACGAGGGUGCGCGCGGCGAUGUGGCCAAGGCGCUGCGCAACCUGCGCCGCUUCCUGGCCAGCGACAAGCCGCAGGAGAUGGCCAGCGCCUCCCUCACCCUGGACACGCCGCUCUCCUCCAAAAGGAACAGCACGGCCAAGGCCCUGGCCGCCAGCUGGGGGCCCGCGCCCCAAGCUCGGGGGGAUCAGGUGCCCAUGAAGACGCUGCCACCGCCACCGCCCCAGGACCAGUGAACCACAAUCCCCGCC